AUGGCACUGAUGGCUAAUGACUUCCGACUACUUGGUGAGGCUAUGGUUAUGUCUGUCAUACAGGGUGGUCCAGCUCCAAAUUUCUUAAAUGAAAGUAUAUUCCAAUAUAUUGCAAAGCAAGAUUUAUCUGCAGAAAAUUGUCAAAAUGAGGCAUUUAAAUCAGCAGCUAUUAAGUUAUCAUCUUGUAUAACAGAUGAUGUACUUCAUGAAACCAUAUUGGCAAAUGAGAUAUUAGAUGUUUUGCAGAAUGUUAGAUACACCGGUGUGCCUCAAAAAGAAAGUAUCAAAUCAUCCAAAGACAUAGUGCAAUCUAUUUGUAUAAAAGAUCAAAUCUCUAACAGCGUAGCCCAGCUGCAACAACUUCAAGAAGGCUUGUCUAACUGUAAUCUUCUUGACGCGAUAAGAAAACAGCCACAUGUAUGGAAGGCAGUGUUUGUGCCGAGUGAUAUUUUCAAGUUUACUGCUGAUGAGUUUCUUGACCAUCUGCAACCUCAAUAUAGUAGCUUUCAAGCUUUGAAGAUGAAGGAAGUGGAUACCUUUAAAUUCUUCAAUGAUGUAAUACAAAAGUUUGAAGAUGGUAAGGAUACCAAUAUAAGCACAUAA